AUGUCGGAGGCAGUGUGUAUUUCUGAUUUUGAAAAUCAUGCCAAAGAAUUUCCCCCAAAGAACACCUGGGAAUAUGUUAGUUGUGGAGCGAAUGAAGGGAUUACUUUGAGAGAGAACAGAUGUGCUUUUGACAGGUGUGAAAUAUUUUGUAUUAAUUCAAAAACUUGCUCAAUUUGUUUACAUUUUGCUGACUGAAAUAAUUAGAAUUAAUUAGAAUAAUAUUCGAAAUUAAUUUCUAACAGGCCAUGUGUAUAUUUUUCUGCAGACUGAGGUUGCGUCCUCGUGUACUGCGAGAUGUUUCAAGCAUUGAUAUGUCCACAACAAUCCUUGGAGAGAAAAUUGAUUUUCCAAUUUGUGUCGCGCCAACUGCCAUGCAGAAGAUGGCGCAUCCUGAUGGAGAAAUUGCAACAGCGAAAGGUAGUUCACUCUGAGCUAGAUUUCAUGCACUCCCCCUAACCCCCACACUCUAAUCCCCCCUAAAAUACCAACUCUUGUAGCGUUGUGGUCACCACCCUUACCUUGUGGUCACCACCCAUGUCCAAUCCUUGGUCUGAACUCCACUUGAAGGUCAUACAAUAAUUGAGGAGAAAAUAGAGCUACCUUUACAUUCCCUAUCAACCAAUGAGUGAGGAACUCUAAAAACUUUGCUUGCAUUGAUAAUAAAGAAAUGCCUUUCUAAUUCAAGGCGGGGGGGAGGAGGGGUAUACUACAGUUGGUUCUUUCUUUCUAGAAAAUAAUUAUUAAUUAUUCUGUAGCUGUUAGCCAAGCUGGUACAUGCAUGACUUUGAGUUCAAGUUCAACAUCAACCAUUGAAGAUGUUGCAAGUGCAUCCUCUGGAUUAAAAUGGUUUCAGUUGUAUGUCUGCAAAGAUCGAGAUGUUACAAUAGACUUAAUACGAAGAGCAGAGAAGGCAGGUUUCAAAGCUAUUGCUUUGACUGUGGACGUGCCCUAUGUUGGACGAAGAUAUGCUGAAAUUCGCAAUAAAUUUGUGUUACCCCCUCAUUUGAUGUUAGCCAACUAUGCCAACUACACCAACAGUUACGAAACUGGAGUCAAGAGUCGCUAUGAUUCAUUUGAAACAUUGAUUGAUUUAUCUCUAACGUGGGAUCUUAUUCCGUGGUUGAGAUCGGUGACAAAGUUAGGGAUUGUUUUAAAAGGCAUUUUGACUGCAGAAGAUGCAAGGUUGGCAGUGCAGUAUGGUGUUGAUGGUAUCUUAGUUUCAAAUCAUGGUGCGCGACAACUUGACACUGUGCCUGCUACGGUAACUAUUGCUAACUUUUAAUUACACACAUAAAAAUGUUAAAACACUCAAGUCGACAAGCUUGUAGCAACAUGGUAAAAUAACAGCAUUGUUACAACUUGUUGACAAGCUUCGGCUACAGGCCUGUUGCAAACACAUUUUGUUGACAAGUUGGGAAACUACGUGUGUAGAUCAACUAUUGAAACAUGGGAGACAUUAUUUUCAUGCUCUUGAUAACUACAGGUUGACCAUCAUCUGUGAGUUCAAAGCUGCUUCAGUGAGCUUUUUCAGGAAAUGUAACCCAGCUAUACUUGUGUAUUUUAGAUUGAAGCAUUGCCAGAGAUAGUGUCUGCAGUUGAUGGGAAAUGUGAAGUAUAUUUAGAUGGUGGUGUGAGGUUUGGUACAGAUGCUUUUAAAGCUUUAGCUCUCGGUGCAAGAGCUGUCUUUGUAGGAAGACCUGUUUUAUGGGGACUGGUGUAUCAGGUAGAGUAUACAUUAUUAUCCACGCUAUCCUUCUGUCCACAAGAACUUAAAUUGAUUCUUGUCUCUCCAGGGUGAAGAAGGUGUUGCCAAAGUUCUACAGAUCUUCAAAGAUGAAUUCAAAUUAGCCAUGGGACUUACAGGUAAGGAUGUAUAAUUUGACAAAGAUCUUUCACACGUUUAUAUACUGUCUUUUAGUCAACAUAUUUUUUUAUUUUCUAAAUAGGAUGUUGCAAUGUUCAAGAUAUUUCACGAGACAUGGUUGCUCAUGAAAUGCAAUGUUCAAAACUUUGAUUAAAUUAGUUUUCUGUGUAUAGUACAUUAAUUAAUUAAGUACAGUAUAUAUAUGAUAUAUUUUAAAGGUGAUCUACAGUCUGUAUGUAAACAAAGCCUUUGUUUACAUUUUUGUGUCCAAAAUAUUGAGCUUUAUUCGACAACUAUUUAUAUUUUCAAGCUUCUAGAGUAUAAUAAAUGAUCAAGAAACAACAAUCAGGCUUUUCAAGAACUCAAAACAUAGUUAAACUGUCUGUAUCAUAAAAAGUGGGCUCAUUUGUGCACAUGCGCAGAUCGGACUGUAGAUCACCUUUAAAAUUAAAACAAUUAUACCACAAGCUGGAGCCAUAUAUGCGCUGCUAUAUACGACUAGAGCAAAUGGUAUAAUUGUUUUAUAAUAUAGUCUAACAACUAUUAACUACAGCAAUAUAAUAUAUUCUCUGUUGCAAUGUUUUGACAGUUCAGCCAAAAUAAAGACAAUAAGCACUUUUAUAAAUUUCCACGAAUUUAGUCAAAUUUUACGUUAACUAUUUGGUUUGGGAAGUUAUAUGAAUAUCGUACAUUAAAAGUGAUUUAAAUAAAAGGGUUGAAAUUAUAUUAAAACACUUGGUCCUCGUGCUCGGUCCUCGUUUUCAACACACUUCCCUGUUAUCUCUAUUUCUACCUUGCCCCUGCCCCUGAUUGGUCGAGAAUGCAAUCCCCAUUUCCCGCGCACAAUGCGCAAUUCGCGAAAUCUUCAUCAACCAUGAAUCAAAACCUCAUUUUGACCUGGGAGCCUGUCAAGAGGGCCCCCUAUACUUUUUGCGUGAAGCGUGAUGGGCUUAUUUUACUUAGCCGUGAAACGUGAUCGAUGAUUUUCUUAAUCCGUGAUUCGUGAUGGUAUGACUUCCAAUCUUUUUACGUGCACGUGAAGGAAAGAUUCGAUUUAACCGUGACCCGUGAAUGGCAGAUAGAAAUAUGCGGGAUUCGUGAAUCAUCUGUUUUGUGACCUUUUGUGUGAUCAGCUUUCCAAGGAAUAAAUACGGUUUGUUGCUGUUUUUUGAAGUACUUGAUGUACAGAAGCCUGUUUUCGACAUAGUUGGAGGUUUGAAAGCAUGUCGAGGUAAGUACAGACGAGUACAAUGAAUCUACAAUUAAGGAAGACAUCCAUAUAAUAAUUCGUGAAUUUUGUUUUAUUUUUACGUGAAUCGUGAUCGCUUCAAUUUUUCCGUGAACGUGAAGGAAUUUUUUCGUGACUCGUGAAAAGGCAAAAUAUUUUUACGUGAAAGCAUAUUGUGAAGAGGUAUAGGGGGCCCUCUGUCAAUGGCUGUCAUGCUCUAUUUGUGAAUGGUCGAAGUGGUUGUGAAAUUUCUGUCUCCGUGUGGAAACACGAAAUGUGGAAUAAUGUCAGAGCCAGUGUGUAUUUCUGAUUUUGAAAAUCAUGCCAAAGAAUUUCUCCCAAAGAACACCUGGGAUUAUAUUUGUUCUGGAGCGAAUGAAGGGAUUACAUUGAGAGAGAACAGAUGUGCUUUUGACAGGUACGAAAUAUUUUGUAUUCUUGUAGGUUUACUAAUCCGGUCAUAUUAAUACAUAUUUCGACUUUGGAGAGGAGAAAAUUUAAAAUAUCUCUGCAAGUAUUUACCCCCCUUUAAAACGAAAACCACUGUUGAAAUCCUCAUAAAAUAACCUUUCGAACGGGGGGUCAAAUGCCGUCAUAACAUUACACAAAACCAAAACAUCGUAUAUUAUUUGCUCACCGCUUGGCCAAACAUUUUGUAGUUCAUAUCGAGAAAAACUUGAAUAUCUUCUAAACUCUUCAGCAUUCGCCCAAGUCAAUAGCAGUGAAAUAUUCCUUGUAUUCAAGCGCUUUUAUGUAGAAAGUUUCGUUUGAAUACGACAAGUAGAAAUAUUUAUUUCGAAUUUUUCAAAAUCAUGGGCGGAUUUACUGGGGGGUUAAACCCCUCCUAGAAUCUCUCUAACCCCACUUAUAAAGUGUUCAGCCCCACCAACAUUUUGCUUCACCCCUCCUAUUUAGUGUGAAAGUCUUUAACCUUAACGCCUAAACCCUGCCGUAGCUCGCUCAGUAGUGCUGCUUGCACCCCACCAGAAAUGUUUCUACCCCUCCUUUAAAAAAAAUGAAAAUCCGCCCUUGUCAAAAUAUCGGGUUUUUACUUGCAUGUGCGUGCCACACGCCAAAAUUGGCCAACAAGGAGCAGCCGUAGGCCCAUGCACGUGAAAAUCAUGCCACAGGUACACAUGUAAAAACGCACAAGUUUGCUACUAGUCUGCAAACAAGUUGUUACAAAUCUGUUCACAAGCUGUCGACAAGUUGUGUUCGCACUGCUUGUUCCCAGUUGUUGUAACAAGUUUGGAACAUUAAGUUGUUAACAACUUGUAACAAGCUUUGUGGCAUUAUCAAACUUGUCACAAGGUUGUUCUAACAAGUCUGAUACAGUCAUGAUAUAACAAGAAUGUUACAAGGUUGACAACACAAGGUUGUAACAAUACUGCUCUAUCAUGACUGAAUCAGACUUGUUGGAACAACCUUGUAACAAGCCUGAUAAUAUCUACAAGGUUGUUACAAGUUGUUAACAGCUUGUUCCAAACUUGUUGACAACUUGGGACAAGCUGUGCAAAGACAACUUGUUGACAUCUUGUUGACAAACUUGCUACAAGAUACGAGAUUUUUACGUGUGUACUUUGACCUUUAGAAUCAAUUUCCGAUGUUUCCCGCGUGAUGGGAUGUAAACAUCGCAUUGUUUCGGAUAUUUGAACUCGAACUUCCGGUCAAAGCUCUCGCGUAAAAUAUUUUAGAUAUUUUGAAAUACCGGAAUAAAACAUGCAAAUCUGCAGAUACAAGCUUGAAAAUAACACUCUAAAUAGUGUGUUGGAUUGUGUUUCAAAUAAGACUAAUACCAAAAAGAUACGUUGAAAGGGGCCGAAGUUAUAUUCAGCGAAAUGUAUGGCGUAGUGAUGCAUUGUUUACAUUCUUCGACUAUAUAGUAUGGUAUGGUUGGUUUACAUUGUUCGAGUAGGCCUAGUUUAUAAUUUAUGGCUAUUUUACAUUGUUCGAUUUCAUAGAACUUUUCAAGCGGAUUUUUUUGGUGGUAUUUUUGUAUUUCUACUGCAAAUACUCGCGGAGUUCUGUAAUAUUUAAACUUUCCGUCAUAUACUUCGGAAAUCAAGUAAUACGGAUCGAUAUGAGUUAAAGAAUAUUAAUUCAAAAACUUGCUCAAUUUGUUUACAUUUUGCUGACUGAAAUAAUUAGAAUUAAUUAGAAUAAUAUUCGAAAUUAAUUUCUAACAGGCCAUGUGUAUGUUUUUCUACAGACUGAGGUUGCGUCCUCGUGUGCUGCGAGAUGUUUCAAGCAUUGAUAUGUCCACAACAAUCCUUGGAGAGAAAAUUGAUUUUCCAAUUUGUGUCGCUCCAACUGCCAUGCAGAAGAUGGCGCAUCCAGAUGGAGAAAUUGCAACAGCGAAAGGUAGUUCACUCUGAGCUAGAUUUCAUGCAUUCCCCCUAACCCCCACCCUCUAACCCCCACCCUCUAACCCCCACCCUCUAACCCCCACCCUCUAAUCCCCACCCUCUAACCCCCACCCUCUAAUCCCCCCUAAAUUACCAACUCUUGUGGUGUUGUGGUCACCACCUGUGUCCAAUCCUUGGUCUGAACUCCACUUGAAGGUCUUACAAUAAUUGAGGAGAAAAAGGAGCUACCUUUACAUUCCCUGUCAACCAAUGAGUGAGGAAAUCUGAAAACUUCGCUUGGAUCAAUAAUAAUAAAGAAAUGCCUUUCUAAUUCAAGGGGGGGGGGGGGUACACUACAGUUGGUUCUUUCUUUCUAGAAAAUAAUUCUUAAUUGUUCUCUAGCUGUUGACCAAGCUGGUACAUGCAUGACCCUAAGUUUAGGUUCAACAUCAACCAUUGAAGAUGUUGCGAGUUCCUCCUCUGGAUUAAAAUGGUUUCAGUUGAAUGUCUGCAAAGAUCGAGAUGUUACAAUAGACUUGAUAAGAAAAGCAGAGAGGGCAGGUUUCAAAGCUAUUGCAGUGACUGUGGACACACCCUAUGUUGGACGAAAGUAUGCUGAAAUUCGCAAUAAAUUUGCAUUACCCCCUCAUUUGACGUUAGCCAACUACACCAACGAAACUGGAGUCAAGAGUCACUAUGCAUCAUUGAUUGAUUCAUCUCUAACAUGGGAUCUUAUUCCGUGGUUGAGGUCGGUGACAAAGUUACAGAUUGUUUUAAAAGGCAUUUUGACUGCAGAAGAUGCAAGGUUGGCAGUACAGUAUGGCGUUGAUGGUAUCUUAGUUUCAAAUCAUGGUGGGCGACAACUCGACACUGUGCCUGCUACGGUAACUAUUGCUAACUUUUAAUUACACACAUAAGAAUGUUAAAACACACAAGUCGACAAGCUUGUAGCGACAUGGUAAAAUAACAGCAUUGUUACAAUUUGUUGACAAGCUUCGGCUACAAGCCUGUUGCAAACACAUUUUGUUGACAAAUUGUGAAACUUUUACGUGUGUAGAUCAUGGUGGUCAAUUAUUGAAACUUGGGAGAUAUUAUUUUCACACUCUUGAUAACCACAGGUUGACCACCAUGUGCGAGUUCAAAGCUGCUUCAGUGAACUUUUUCAGGAAAUGUAACCCAGCUAUACUCAUGUAUUUUAGAUUGAAGCGUUGCCAGAGAUAGUGUCUGCAGUUGAUGGGAAAUGUGAAGUAUAUUUAGAUAGUGGUGUGAGGUUUGGUACAGACGCUUUUAAAGCUUUAGCUCUUGGUGCAAGAGCUGUGUUUGUAGGAAGACCUGUUUUAUGGGGACUGGCAUAUCAGGUAGAGUAUAAAGAUUUUCCUAAUUAUUUUCACCAGCCGUACAAGAAUUUGAAAUAAUUUAUUCUUGUCUCUCUAGGGUGAAGAAGGUGUUGCCAAAGUUCUACAGAUCUUCAAAGAUGAAUUUAAAUUAGCCAUGGGACUUACAGGUAAGGAUGUAUAAUUUGACAAAGAUAUUUCACACAUUUUAUAUACUGUCCUUUUAUAUUCAACAUAUUUUGUUUUAUUUUCUAAAUAGGAUGUUGCAGUGUUCAAGAUAUUUCACGAGACAUGGUUGCUCAUGAAAUGCAAUAUUCACAGUGA